CAGCCACUCCCACAAACCUGUCUCACCAACUCGCAUCUAGAAGCAAUUAGGGUGACUACCCCAUCCUUCCUCCCCCCUGGAUCCCUUUGAGGGAGUCUUUUUUCUAUCGAGUCAAAAGCUUAUAUAACCCCACUUCAAUUCUUAAAAAGGCAGGCUUUGAUUCUCAAGCACCACCAAAUUAAAGCUAAAACUUCCAUUAUUUCCAAUAUCCUUCUCUCUCUAUUACCAUACUACACUUCAAAGAAACAACUAAAAGAGGUACAUAUUGUUUCUUAAGUUGGCUAAAUGGGAAGGUCACCUUGUUGUGAGAAGGCACAUACAAACAAAGGAGCAUGGACUAAAGAAGAAGAUGAAAGACUUAUUGAUUACAUUAGAGCUCAUGGUGAAGGUUGUUGGAGGGCUCUUCCUAAAGCUGCCGGACUUCUUCGAUGCGGCAAAAGUUUCCGUCUCCGGUGGAUUAAUUACUUGAGACCUGACCUUAAACGUGGUAACUUCACUGAAGAAGAAGAUGAACUUAUUAUCAGACUCCAUAGCCUCCUUGGGAACAAGUGGUCACUUAUAGCAGGAAGAUUACCAGGAAGAACAGAUAACGAGAUAAAAAAAUAUUGGAACACACAUAUAAGACGGAAGCUUUUGAGUCGGGGUAUUGAUCCAACGAUACAUCUGUCUAUCAACGAGCCUACACCGAAAGUGACAACCAUUACUUUUGCUGCUGCUGCUGACAGUACAGAUGAUCAUCAUCGAGAUCAAAAGAUAAAUAUCAAAGCCGAAUUUGAUGAAACAAGCAACGAAGAUAAUAAUGAAGUUCCAAAAAUGUCAUGUCUUCCUGACUUGAAUCUUGAGCUCAGAAUUAGUCCUCCACAUCAUCAACAACUGGAUCAUCAUCAUCAAAGAUCAAAUUCUUUAUGUUUUACAUGUGGUUUGGGAAUACAAAACAGUAAAGAUUGCAGUUGCAAUAAUACUAAUGGAAUUGGAUGCAGCAAUAAUAUUGUAAGUGUGAACAUCGUAACAGGUUAUGACUUUUUAGGGUUGAAGACUAAUGGUCUAUUGGACUAUAGAACUUUGGAAACUAAGUGAAUGAAUCCGUAUUUAAUAUGAUGAUCUUAAUUUGAUGUAUAUGUAGAAAAAAGUACAAGAAUGUCAAGAGAGAGUUGAGAAUAUUACUAUUCUAGCUAAUUUCUCUUGGUUGUAAACUUUUACUAUAUAAUUACAUUUAGUUCAAA